CUUCAUAUAAAGUUAGCCCUUUGCUUCUCCCACGAAGUUUGAGUUCUCAUAUCACACUAAAACUCUCCAAAUUGCCACCCAAAAUAAUUGUUUACAUUAAUCAAAUCUUUUCUUUGUUGCAUAUAUAGAAGAGGGUUUGUCUCCUCAAGUGCAAUAGGAAAUGGAAAUUAUGGCCACGAGCAAGGAGAGGUGGGAGAAAAAUAUUCAUGUUUUAGAUGAGAAAAUCAAAAAGUUUCCUGGUUUUGUAUGGCAAACAACUUGGAGAGUUGGUCGAGAUGAUCCUCGAAGAGUUAUUCAUGCUUUUAAAGUUGGAUUGGCCUUGACGUUAGUCUCCUUGUUGUAUCUGGUAGAGCCAUUGUUUGAAGGUAUUGGACAAAAUGCCAUUUGGGCUGUGAUGACUGUUGUUGUUGUGCUUGAGUUCACAGCAGGUGCAACAUUGAUUAAAGGACUUAAUAGAGGAUUAGGGACCCUUCUAGCAGGAUCAUUAGCAUUUGGCAUAAAGUACAUUGCACAAGAAACUGGCAACGUCUUUCGAGCUAUCUUCAUCGGCGCUGCAGUUUUUGUUAUAGGAGCUGCAGCUACAUACAUAAGGUUCUUUCCUUAUGUCAAGAAGAAUUAUGAUUAUGGAGUUGUGAUAUUCCUCUUGACCUUCAAUUUGAUAACUGUGUCAAGCUUUCGCGUUAGCAAUGUACUAAAGAUCGCGCAUGAACGCUUCUACACCAUCGCCAUUGGCUGUGGUAUUUGCCUAUUAAUGAGUCUGCUGGUUUUCCCAAUUUGGUCGGGAGAAGAUCUCCAUAAUUCCACUGUGUCCAAGCUUGAAGGUCUAGCUAAAUCUAUAGAAGCUUGCGUCAAUGAAUAUUUUAGUGACGUGGAGAAAGAAGAUACCCAAGAUAAAUCAUCGGAGGAUCCAAUCUACAAAGGUUAUAAGAAUGUUCUGGAUUCAAAAUCUCAAGAUGAGACUUUGGCAUUACAUGCAAGUUGGGAGCCUAGGCACUCAAGGCACUGCAGGUAUCCUUGGCAGCAGUAUGUGAAAUUAGGAGCUGUUCUUCGCCAUUUCGGUUACACUGUUGUAGCUCUUCAUGGAUGUCUGCGAACUGAAAUUCAGACCCCAAGAUCUUGCCGUGCCCUCUUCAAAGAUCCAUGCAUUCGAGUAGCUAGUGAAGUUUCCAAAGCACUAGUGGAACUUGCCAACAGCAUAAGAAAUCACCGUCAUUGCUCUCCUGAGAUACUCUCCGAUCAUCUCCACGAAGCACUGCAAGACCUUAACACUGCCAUAAAAUCACAGCCAAGGCUUUUUCUAGGCUCCAACCAUAACCAAGCCACAAACAUGCUAGCCUUAGCAGCUGCACAUGCUAGACAAAAGCAAGAAAAGGAUCAUGGAGUGUCACUAUCAAGUGUAAAGACAGAUAGUUCUGCGUUGUUUGAAUGGAAAACAAAAAGAGCAAAUAAUGAGCAAUCUAGAGAAGCUGAAAGGAAGGUGUUAAGGCCACAAUUGAGUAAAAUUGCAAUCACAAGUCUUGAGUUCUCAGAGGCACUUCCAUUUGCUGCUUUUGCUUCUUUGCUUGUGGAGAUAGUAGCAAGGCUAGAUAAUGUGAUUGAAGAAGUUGAAGAGCUUGGAAGGAUAGCUUGCUUCAAAGAGUUUAAACCCGGUGAUGAGAUUGUUUUUAACUGUGAGACACCAAAAGUGAAUGUUUCACAGAAUCAUUUGCCUUCUACUGAUGGGGCAGAGUGAUUCUGCAGUCUUUGAUUUAGA